AAAUAAAGACAAAUCCCGAAAAAAAAUUAUAAAAGGAGCAGUGCCUGAAUAACUUUUUGCGCGACAUACUUUACACAACUCUUUUGUCAACGAAAGGAAGAAAAGGUAUGAUAAAGUUGAUGGAUGGCAAGGAAAGAAGAUUUAUUUGCAAACACCUCCAUUGAGCAUUUAAAGGUCGCAGUUGCCUUAGCUUGCAUCAGGUCCAAACCAAAUUGGCAGUCUGCUAGAGAGUAUGCCGAGCAACUGUGUGCCCAGUAUCGUGCCGAAGAGAGUAGAUGGAAACAAAAGUAUGAACAGGCAGAGAUGACAAUCUUAAAGUUGAAACAAGCACAAGAAUUACAAUCAUUUAUAAAUAUUUCUGGUUUAGCUGAUUUAAUUCCAUUUGUCUCAUUUGACAACACCUCUUCACAAAAUCAAAAUGAGGAAGCAAUGGAAGUUGAUGAAAAUGCUGAGCACAUAAAGCACAACACAGAUUUUAUUAGAAGCUACCUCAUGUUGAAGCAGCUCAAUAGGGAAACAACUCAGAAACCCAUACUGGGCAGUGCAAUUCACUCCACACUUUCAAAUUCCUUAUACUUGAUUGGUAAAAGUAUUCUCGAGAAUGAAGUUUUAUCCAUCCCAAUAAUCGCAGAUUAUUUCCAAGUCAUUGGUCAGCUAAGUUCUUCAAUGGCGAAGAAUUUCCCACUGCUCCAAGUGCAAGAACUUGUGCAAGUCAUUAUUGACAGAACUCUGAGAGGUGAUAAACUUGAGAGAAAACAGCAGAGAGAGUUAAUCCUUACACUAAAACACCUUUUGAUCCCUCAAAUGAGAGACCACAUCUUAGACAGUUUGUUGGCAGCAAUUGAGAGUUUUUCCACUCAUUUAAGGACAGUGACCCAAAGUGAAACAUCCCUGGAUACAAUGCUGUAUGAGAAUAUCUAUUAUGUCUUUGAAAUGCUUCAAAUUGUCCUUAAAGAUCUAAAGGAUCAAGGUAGUGGUAUCACAUCAGGAGAAGUUAAUCCAAGUCAGAGAUCUGCAAGUAGUGACCACAGGCUUCAGACAGCACGAAUUUUGUCUGAGGUCAGUGAGAGACUUGAUAAAUGUGUUUUGUAUAUUUCAGAUAGCUUUCCAUUGUUUGUCUGUAAAAUAUGGCUAAUCAAGUGUAAUUUGUUGUAAUCAUGCUAAAUAAAUAGCAUUU